CGGACAGAGAAGGACAGAGUUUUAUGUUUGUGUGGGCGUAAUUUUAUAGGACAAAAUAAUCCAUAAAUAAAGACAAAAUAAAACACCUAUCAUCAUUUAAUUUUUUUAAUAAAAAUAUAUAAUAAUAAACCCAAAAUGAAAUAUUUAUUAAUUAUGUAUUGCAUUUUUAAUGGAAAUUGUGUGGAUUGAAAAUGUUGAUGUGUUUAUUAAUACAUUUUGGACUGUUUAUUCUCUAUCGAUAGAACAAUGGUGAAAUAUACAAACAGAUAUUUAGUGCCGGAUUUUACAUGAUUUUCAAUUAAUAUUAAAUAUCAUUAUUGAAAAUGAAUUUAAUGCGCAAAUUACGAGGGGCCUCCGCCUCGACUUCUGAAGCUACUGAGACAUCCAGUUCAUCAUCUCACGUGCAGUUAGGCCUUAUGCACCUCAAAAAGCUUUUUGCUGAGUACACGCAUCCGCCACAACCCCUCACAGAAGUGGAAAAAGAUGAUAAACUGUACAAUAUGUUGCCACUCUUUUGCAAGGUUUUUGGGACUAGUCCAUCAAGUGACAUGAAUGAAAAGUUUUGGGAUAUAUUAUCUUUCUGUCAGCAAGUGUCUAAACUUAUGGUAUCAGAGAUAAGAAAAAGAGCAAGCAAUCAAAGCACAGAGACAGCUAGCUGUGCUAUUGCAAAAUUUCUAGAAAUUGAAAAUUCUGAAGAAUCAAGUAAUGGUUGGAUGCUACUCUCUACGUUGAAUCUCUUGGCAGCUGGUGAUCAAUCAUUAAUUCAGGUCAUGACUACUGCAUCAAUACCUUCAACUUUAGUCAAAUGUUUGUAUCUGUUUUUUGACCUUCCGGAAAUACCCGAAUCAGAAGCAGAUAUUCAAGAUGGCAAUAGCGAAUUUACUCCCAGAGAAAGAAGGAUUUUAUUGCAGAAAAUAUUUGUACAGGUGUUGGUGAGAUUAUGUAGUCAUCCAUUUCCCUGUGAAGAGUUGGCGAGGAAAGAUGAUUUGAGUUUGUUAUUUUCUGCGAUAACAUCAUGGUGUGCACCACAUAAUAUAAUGUGGCGGAAGUCGGCCGCUGAAGUGCUAAUGACUCUCUCUAGGCAUGGCUUAACACAGUCUGUGGUACAAUAUAUUCAUAAUAAAGGAUGUGUCGGACUCUGCAUAGAAAAUAUGCAAAAAAUACCAGAGUUGACACCCUUGGAGGUGGUAGAAAUGUUUGUAGCAGUUUUCUGCUUCUUAAAGGAUUCCAGUGAUGUUAGUCAAUUAUUACUAGACGAUUUUCGUUCCUGUCAAGGAUAUUUAUUUCUCUCCGAGUUCCUUUUGAAACAUGAAACCCAAGAAGUGCCCGAUUAUUUGACAGACGGGUUGGAAGAGGAGCGCGUGAGUGGUACUGAGGCGCGCGCGGCGCUGCGUAACUUGGUGUUGAUGGUGUCGUCGCUGUGCGCGUGUGGAUUCUCCGAGCUGCGACCCACGCGCGUGCCCACCGAACUGUUCCAGUUGCAGGGCUUCGUGCUGCCGCAGCCCACCACGCCCGGUCAGGCAGUCAGAAACGUGCAGGCUUUUCAGGUUUUACAGUCCGUAUUUAUAAAAUCCAAUUCGCCGGCCCUAUGUUGCACAAUAUUGGAUGCUAUAUCAAGUGUCUACCAUGCAGAUAAUGCCAACUAUUUCAUACUUGAAAACCAGAACACGCUUAGUCAAUUUUCAGAAGGUAUUCACACUAAGAACGCGGAAAUUCAAGAGAAAUUCUUUGAACUUUUGGAGUUCAUUGUAUUUCAACUAAAUUUUGUGCCAUGCAAAGAGUUAAUAUCUCUGUCCCUUCUAUUGAAAGCUAAUAGAUCGAGGAGUUGUAGCAUAUUAUGUAUGAAGACACUAUUAAAUAUUUUAAAACACAAUGCUAUAUUCAAAGAAGUGUACAGAGAAGUUGGAAUGCUUGAAGUAUUUGUCACUUGUCUAUCACGUUAUGCAGUAUUUUUGAAAGAUAAACAAAUAUUAGAGGAAGAAAAAAAUAAAACAGAAUCGAGUGAAAGCAAACCAAAUGAGUCGCCUAAAGCACCGGAAAGAAAAAAGAGAUUAUCUGCUAAACAGGAUUCGUUGAUAAAAGACCCUAGUAUCGAAAUUGAAGAAGAAGAAUUAGGUUCAUUGGUGAUGGAGUGUUUAACAGCACUUCUGAAUGGCAAUUCAAAUAAUUGCAAUGUAUUUCGGGAUUGUGGAGGUGCAAAAUGCGUUCAUGGGAUGCUUGUGCAUGAAUCUUGCAGGAGUAAAGCAUUAGGUGUGAUUCGAGAGCUAAUAGUGAGCGGAUCGGGCGAGGAGGAUAUGGCGGCGCUACUAUGCGGCAUGCAUGCGGCGCCCAAUGAUGCACUGCGGCUCAAACUGCACGUGCUUAAGGCGCUAUUAGCAUGUCUCAGGGACUCGCACCGUACUAGGACCAUAUUUCGAAAGGUCAGUGGCUUCGUAUAUGUAACAAGUGUUCUAGUCUCACUGGAAGGCAAAUUGAAAGGAGAUGAAAUGAUGGACCGCGAUAUGUUACAACUUAUUCAUAUUGUAUUUUAUACAAUCAGUACUGCAAUGAGAUUCGAGCCAGCCAAUGCGAAAUUUUUUCAUCAUGAGAUUUGUAUGACAACUUUAUGUGAUACUAUUCGGCUACUGGGAUGUUUUACGCAAGAUACAGAGUUACAGAAUGACAUUGAAGUGGGAGAUAUUGAACUAUAUGAAGUGUUUCAUGAGAUAUUCACUGGAAAUAUAUUAGAAAUGACUUUUCCAGAGAAAGUUCCAGUAGUGUUUGUUCAUGCAUGCAUCGUAUUACGAUUACUGUACGAUGUAGCGCUUGAUUCAUUUGACAAGCCUACCUUUUGUGGAUCUUUGAAUGUUAAAUCGCCUAGUUUAACAAGGCAGAGUUCUGCUAUUAAUGAGUCAAAACCGGCGGGUCGUACUGCACCGUUGAACCUCACAUCAGGGAGUGGGUCAUCAGGAGAGGCGUGGGUGGUCCAUUCUGGAGUCGUCAUAGUACUCGCAAAAUUGUUACCCGCCCUACCGCGUCCUCCUGAACACCAGGCGUACGCAUGGGCUAUAAGAGAUUACCUCGCUCAUGUACUGAAGAGUCUUGUACGGAGCGAGCGCAACCAGCAGGUGAUGUGCGGCGCGGGGCUGGCGGGCGUGGUGCUGCGCGUGUGCGGCGCGGCGCUGCGCGGCGAGCGGCACGCGCUGCACGCGCCCGCCAUGUACAUGCUGGAGCGGCUCGCCGCGCACGCGCUGCGCCCCGCCGACCUCAGGGAAUUUCUACGCAUGGGAAAUCCAUUGAACUGUGUCGCACCUGAACCUGGUCAAGUUUGGAAACCAGGAGGGCCAGUCCCUCUCACUAGAAUCAAAACUUUGGUGUCCAUGACUACACCGCGUGAUUACAGAUCUCAAAAUUCGUGCACACUUCCACCAUUUGUGGAGUUUGACAUGUCAGCGGAGGGCUUUGGGUGCCUAUACUUACCUAGUAUUGCGCCACAGUCCGCUAAUUUGAACGCACUUGGUACACAAGAUAAUUCUACUCUAGGAGGAAUUGGAUCAGGCGAUCGAGUGUUCCCGCCCCAGACCGGACUGACGUACUCAACGUGGAUAUGUGUGGAGAAAUAUUCGGAGCCGCGCAGCGAUCCGCACUGUGUACGACUGUUGACGCUCGUCAGGAACAUCAACAAUAGCCGCGACGAGCACCUGGUCUGUCUCGCGCUAGUGCUCUCUGCAAGGGACAAGGCUAUCAUUGUGUCUACGCAGGAGACACUCGUGCCGCAUAACGUGGGCGAAUGGGAGCCGGAGGGAUCGGGCGAGUGUGGUGCGCGCGUGUGGUGCCCCGACCUGCAGCACGAGGGCCAGUGGCACCACCUCGCGCUCGUCCUCAACCGCGCCGUGCUCAAGAACUCCUCCUUCUCGCUCUACCUCGACGGUCAGCAUAUGCACUCGGGCAAGCUGCACUACGUGAGCGCGAACCCGGGCGGCGGCGCGGCCACGCUGUCGGGCGCGUCGAGCGUGUACUGCGUGCUGGGCACGCCGCCGCAGUGGCGCCGCUACUCGCGCCUCGUCUGGCGCCAGGGGCCCGCGCUGCUUCUCGAGGACGUGUUGCCAGCACAAACAGUGUCAAUAAUAUACCAGCUCGGACCACACUAUGUGGGCACGUUACAAGCUCCAGUGCCUCCUGGACCUAAUCAAGAGCCUUUAGCUCCUCUGGUUGCCGAAGAAAAAGUUGUAUUCGGCAUCAAUGCCCGCGCUAUGUCACAAUUAACUCUUGCCAAAAUCCGCAAAGUUUACAGCAAAAAUGAUAACAAAGCUAUAGCAAAGCAACUGGGCAUGUCCUCGCACGAGAAUGCAACGCCAAUAAGGAUAUUGCACAACUCUGCAGGACAUCUGAUGGGUCCGGCGAGAUGUUUGGGCGGGACCGUAGUGGGUUAUUUAGGUGUGAGAGUGUUCUGUUCCAAGCCUGCUGCAAUCAUGAUUGACACAGUUGGCGGUUGUUCAGUAUUAUUAGGUUUAAUUGCAAUGGCUCAAGAUGUUGAGUGUUUAUACGCGGGAGUGAAAGCUCUAGUGUGCGUUGUUCGCUCGAAUAAGUCCGCUCAAGCUGAGAUGGACCGCCGGAAAGGUUAUCAAACUCUCGCAAUGCUGCUUAAAAGGAAAAAGCAGUUGCUCAAUUCGCAUAUAUUGCAUCUCAUCUUUGGGCUGGUUGGCACUGUUGACAGUCAAAAGGAAACUUCGUCUAUACCUAAUUUGACUGCUUUUCAGGACUUAAUAUGUGAAUUAGAUGUAUGGCUAGGUGCACCAGGCGGAUUAAUAAAAUCUCUAUUAGAACAUUUACUCGAGCUCGCAACAGAGACUGCGCAUCGAACGCACAAUCUUCGCACAAUGAGGGACUUACAGCUAGUUUCCAAACUUCUUUAUAUUAUUAACGACGUGAAAGUCGUCAGCACAAAGAAUGUUCUAAUUCAAUUAUUAGCAGCAUUACUAGGGGGACAACCGCGACCAAACGAUUUAUUAUGCCUUGGCCAAUUCAUGGCUUAUACUCUGCCUCUUCCAUCACAAACCGAAAAAGGUAUCAAUCCAAAAGAGAGUGAUGAUGAAAAAGAGAGUGAAGGUGAACAGAUAAUCUUGCGUAAUAAGUGUUUUAAUGUUUUACACGGUUUAUUGUUUACCGCCCGUAACUUGGUAAAUACGAUAGUUUGUGAAGAAAUAUCACGGGUGCUAGGUAUGGACUGGCUGCUCAGUUUUAUGCAAGAAAAUGUUCAUCCGACUACAGUACUAUGGGCUUUGAGAAUACUUGUUAUUUUGUGCUCGGGUCAGGGACAACAAUCAGCUAUACUGCAAAGAUUUCGCGAGGGUGUCGGCAACGGCGGAUGGUUGCGGCACACGGAGGUGUCAUCGUCACCGCAGCAGGCCGGUGUGAUGCUCACUGCCACGCCGCACUCCAAUUCGCACUUGCAUACAGCGCUCUUGCACACCUCCGGUUUUGCUUUGCUCUCCUGGCUGGUACUGGCGCACAUACAAAUCCCGGAGCUGUACUACUUGCUGUUCGGGUUGACGCUGGGCCAGCCGAUGCGGCACGUGCGCUGCGAGCGCGGCGUGUCGGUGGAGCGCGUGUGGGCGGCGGCGUGGGGCGCGGCGGCCCCCGCGCGGCAGUCGUCGGCCGCGCUGGCGGCGCGCAUCUCGCUGUGCCCGGAGGCCGUGGGCGUGCUGCUGGCCGCCGUGCGCGCGCUCGUGCACACCGACCCGCCCGCGCUGCCCCACUGGCUCGCAGACCAUCCCGUCGCUAUUGUGCAGGUGUUAUUUUCACUAUACAACACAUUACCUGACUUUGUCACCAUCAUGAUGACUGCCGAAGUGCUGACUGCAUUGGCUUCCAUACUGUUUCCGCCAAACACCCCUGAUGAUAUACACAUGCCCAUUUGCGAAAGUGGCGAGAGUUCAGGCGCAUCGACUCCCGGCUCUGAGAAAGAGAUAGUUAUAAUGGGCAACUCUGCUGCGCUGACCCAGCACCCUGUCCGGCAAGGCGUCAUGGAUUUCUUGAAAGUAAUCGUUCUCGAUUCUCUAUCACUCAAUGUAUCCGGGAAAGCUGCGCCUAGCGCAGCACCAUCUACUGACUCAGUGCCACCGUCAAUGUUUUGUACGCCAUGUAGCCCCUGCUCCACGCCAAGAUCAUUCUUUUAUAGCGUAAUCGAUCUUGUACUCGAUGCUUCGCCAGCAAAUUCUACAAGUCAACAACAGAUUGAAUACCAGACUGAAGUACUUACUACUUUAAUGGAAAACUUAUUGAAUACGGAACUGUUUGGUUCCGAGUCUAAUAUAUCGAAUGUGUGUUAUUUGGCUGCGAGAUUGGUCGAUAAACUUUGGCAAGGGCAGCUGUCACGAGAUCCGCAUGAGGUGUUUGAUUUUAUUGUAAAAUUAGUAACUCAAGCAAAAAAGAAGUCCUCGGUGAUAUCUCUAGAAGGAUUACAUCACUGUCUAAAUAGGACAAUAUUGUUUUUACUGUCUCGGUCAACAGAUUCUAUAGCGGAUCAGAUGUCGGUACUUGAAGCGUUACACAAGCUAACCACCAAUAGGUUACUUAUUUUCGGUGCGGGCAAUCAUGAGCUGGAGUUUAUUGGCUGUUUAACGUACUGCUUGAUCCAAUUGAGCGCGAACAUGAAGAUUGCAUUAGAUUCACACAUGCGCACCACGUGGCAUGUCAACCCCAGCGGAGACCUCGAAUCUAGGGAUGAUAAACUCACCACACAUCAAGGUCGCAACCUGAUGGGCGGCGCGGCGCGGCGCGUGUGGGAGGAGCUGUACGCGUGCAAGAAGCCGGCCAUCGAGGAGGUGUUCAAAGUGACGCUCGCGGCCGCCGCGCAGCACGCGCGCGCGCCCGACCUGGCCGCCGUGCGCGACCAGCUGCACGACCACGCGCACAGGCUCUGGCUUAACUACAUCGAGGCCGAGCGGAAGGCGGUUUAUCGAGUACCCUGGGAACUGCACAAUCAGAUACAAUCUAAAAUACAAAAGGUGACCGGGGGACUGACGCGCUUAGCGUCGAGAACGAAGGUGAAGAAAGAGGAAUCGGCAAAGCAACGUCAGCACCCGCCACGGGAUCACGCCCUCGCAUACAUGCAGGAUCACGUGCAGUUGGUUAGGCAGGCGUGGUCGGGCGCGCUGCAGGCGGCGGGCGUGACGGCGGCGCACACGACGCGCUACGUGCAGGCGGAGUGGGCGGGCGCGUGGCGCGAGCUGACCCGCGAGAGGGCGCUGUGGGGCCCGCCGCGCGCCGCGCGCCUGCACAAGUGGCUGCUCGACUGCACCGAGGGGCCCUGCCGCAUGCGCAAGAUGCUGCGCCGCAACCACAUGUUCUACUUGCACUACCCCUACCGCCCGCACCUCGACAACCCCGACAAUAAACAACUCAAGUACAAAGUGGCACAGAGUUUGGACAGUAAAGAAUAUUAUAAGGUAUAUCAACAGUGGCGAACGUCCAGUAACAAUUUGGGGGAGACAGACUUCAUAGAUCCUGCUGACUUGCAAACAUAUGAAGAGGAAGUCGCUAAUAAUAGAGACACAUCUUUGGAUGUGGUCAACGAGGGCGGUUCACCAUCAGACCUGGUGAGCAGCGGCGUGGUGAGCCGUGGUGCGAACCAAACCUCUGGCGAAGCAAAUGAAGAUGGACCUGACAAUGAAGACGAGGAUGAGCAACAACAACCUCCUCCAGACAAUCAAACUCUACUGAGGUUACUUGAACAUCAUGAAAAGAUUUCUCAUAUGUUCCGCUGUGCGAGAAUACAAGGCCUAGACACUACAGAAGGUUUAUUAUUAUUUGGCCGCGAACAUUGUUACAUCAUUGAUGGUUUUACUUUACUCAAAAAUAGAGAGAUUAGGGAUUUGGACAGUUGCCCAGACGACUAUGAACCAAUACUUCCUAGUCAAGGUAUCCAGAGAAGUAAUCAGCGGCAAUGCUCAAAAUUUUUAUACGAAGAUAUAAGAGAAGUACACAAGAGGCGAUAUUUGUUGCAACCGAUAGCACUGGAAGUAUUUUCAAGUGAUGGCAGAAAUUACUUGCUUGCAUUUCCUCGAAAAGUACGAACAAAGGUGUACAGCCGGUUUACGUCGCUGGCGACAGGCAUGGCGGACAGCGCGGCGGGCUCGGUGGCGGGUCAGAAACGCGGCGUGGCCGUGGAGCAACCCGCCGGCCUGCUGGCCACGCUCAUCGGCGACACCUCCGUCACGCAGCGCUGGCUCAGAGGCGAAAUAUCUAACUUCCAGUAUUUGAUGCACUUGAACACAUUAGCCGGACGAUCCUAUAAUGAUUUGAUGCAGUAUCCAGUGUUUCCAUGGAUACUCGCCGAUUAUGACUCGCUAGAUCUCGAUCUCACGGACCCGGCCACUUUUCGUGACCUUACCAAACCUAUGGGUGCUCAAAGUCCGGACAGAUUGGAACAGUUCCGGAAAAGAUAUAAGGAAUGGGACGACCCACACGGGGAGACGCCUCCAUAUCAUUACGGUACACACUACUCGUCCGCCAUGAUCGUGUGCUCGUACCUCGUGCGUAUGGAACCAUUUACGCAACACUUUCUACGGCUACAGGGCGGACACUUCGACCUCGCUGACAGAAUGUUUCAUUCGGUAAAAGAAGCAUGGAACUCGGCAUCGCGACAUAACAUGGCUGAUGUUAAGGAAUUAAUACCGGAGUUCUUUUAUUUACCCGAGUUUUUAGUCAAUUCAAAUAACUUUGAUUUAGGUUGUAAACAGUCUGGUGUAGCAUUGGGCGAUGUGGUACUACCGCCGUGGGCUCGCGGAGAUCCGCGCGAGUUCAUCCGUCUGCAUCGCGCUGCUCUCGAGUCCGACUACGUGUCGCACCGCUUGCACCACUGGAUCGACCUAGUAUUCGGCUACAAGCAGCAGGGACAGCCUGCCGUCGAUGCCUGCAACGUCUUCCAUCACCUGUUUUAUGAGGGCAACGUCGAUAUAUACAACAUUGACGAUCCGCUCAAGAAAAAUGCUACUAUUGGAUUCAUAAACAACUUUGGUCAAAUACCAAAGCAGUUAUUUAAGAAAGCACAUCCUAGCAAAAAAAUGUCGCAGCGGAGUUCGACCAUUCUGGAUCCUAACAAUAUUAUACCAUCACAAGGAAUCACCCCACCAGAGAAGUUAUUCUUCCACAAUUUGGAGAACUUAAGACCUUCGUUACAGCCUGUUAAAGAGGUAAAAGGUCCAGUCGGUCAAAUUCUUUACACGGAUAAAGCGAUAUUAGCAGUUGAACAAAACAAGGUGUUAAUGCCACCAUCAUACAAUAAGUACGUGGCCUGGGGCUUUGCGGACCACUCGCUCAGGAUUGGCAAUUACGACAACGAUAAAGCCGUGUUUGUGUGCGAGACGGUGGCGCAAGCGUGCGGCGAGAUAGUUACGUGCGUGUGUCCAUCAGCUAAGACCAUUGUCACCGCGGGUACUAGCACGGUGGUGACAGUGUGGCAGUACUGGGCACGGCGGCGUCGGCUGGCAGUGAAGGUGUGCCUGUACGGGCACGAGGAGGCGGUGACGUGCCUGGCGGCCAGCCCCGCCUACAACCUAGUAGUGAGCGGCAGCCGUGACGGCCAGGCUAUAGUCUGGGAUGUCGAGCGCGGCACCUUCAUCAGACAGCUGCUACCGCCGGAAUCGUACCCACUUCCGUAUCCGCCCGUUUCUGCACUUGCUAUCGAUGAUCUUACGGGCGACAUCGCGACGUGCAGCGGCAGCACUGUGUUCGCGUGGUCCAUCAACGGCGAGCUGGUGGGCGCGGCGGACACGGGCGGCGGCCGCGAGCGCUCGCACCAGGUGCUGUGCGUCGCCUUCAGCCAGACGCGCGAGUGGGACCCGCUCAACGUCAUCGUCACCGGCUCCAGCGAUGGCGUCGUCAGGAUGUGGUCAAUAGAUUAUAUAGCAGAAACAGUAGAAGAUCAAAAUGACAGCAUAGAAGCUGUUAGUAUAGAACCUGAACCUACUUCAAUAGAUAUAGAAAAAGAUCUAGAUCAACAAAAGCUGUCUGUGCAAGACAGUGAAGACACUAAAUCUGAAUAUGAAGCUAAAUCGGAGAGUGAGACAAAAACUGAAGAUAUGGAACAAACUGACAGAGAGGCAGCUAUCAAGCGAGUAGAAGAGCUAGUAAAACAAAUGAGUUUAUCUCAUGAAAAUGAAGGGAAUCUCACAAAGUCGGGUUCUGAAAGUUCCUUAUCUGACGCGUGUGAGACCACCAGUGCCAAAGAGUCUGCACGGCGACAUGAAGAGAAAGACAUUUGUAGUGAUAAUGAAGAUGCUCAUUAUUCAGAAGAGAAGGACGAUAAUAUAGACUCGUGCGACGAAGCCAAGCAAGAGUACGACAAUGAAAAAGACUUAGAGAUAGACCCAGAUAGUAUACAUAGGAGUAAACUUCAAAAGCAAGGAAAUGUUGUGCUUAGGAGAAAGUCAAAAGGGAAUCCUUUGUAUCGUAAAAGUGGAGGUAGUAUCGGCGAGUCGACGGAGUCGGGGUCGCUGGAGGGUGCGAGGGGUCCGUCGCAGGACACCGGCGCGGGCGUCGAGGGUGGAUUACGCGCGAGCAAGUCGGACACGAGUCUCACGGACUCGUUCGUGCUGGUGUCGGCGCCCGCUUCCCCCUCGCCCGCCUCGCCCGCCCCCGCGCCCGCGCACUCCUCGCACGCCUCGCACGCGCGGCAAGCACGCGCUGCCGCCACGAACGCUGACACAGCAGCGGCAGGCGGCGAGAUAAAGUGGAGGCGGCGGCUGGUGCUGCGCGGCAAGCUGACGAUGCACACGGCGUACGAGCGGCGCGACAACGCCUGCCCCGCCGCCGUCACCGCCGUCGCGCCCGCUCGCAGCGGACGCGGCCUCGCUGUCGGCGACGCACGCGGACGGAUAUUCCGUUGGUCAGCACCGGAUAUGUCUAGCUCAUCCGGAGCGAAGGGUGGUCCGGCGGAUCAUUGGAUACGAGACGAUACAGCGCCAUAUUGCACUCAGUGUCAGGUACGGUUUACGGCAUUAGAGCGGCGGCACCACUGUCGCGAGUGUGGCGCGGUGUUCUGCGGCCGCUGCUCGCGGUACGAGGCGCCCGUCCGCCGCCUGCGAGCUCUCCGCCCCGUCCGCGUCUGCCAACGCUGCCACGACAACAUACAAGCCGCCAAACAGUAGUCGCGCACAUCAAGUACCUGUCUCCAUUCACCAUGUCCACCUUCUGUGUACACCCAUAACACAUUAGUGAGUACUAAUGUGUUAUGCGUGUAUUAAAAGUGGUAACGCUUGAGAGUUACAAUCGGCGUCACAGUAUAGUGCACUUUAUAAUUUCCACGAUGCCGUACAUGUCUAUAAGUAAUCAUUACCACUUAAGAUGGGCCAACAGAUUUAUACCAUUUCCAAUUUUUAAAAAAGGUCCAGGUUCAUAUUAAAUCUAUCCAAGUAGACUAUUUUUCCGAUGAUGGGAAACGCCGUUAACGUACCAAGUUGCUUCGAGUGAGUAUAGUCAGCUUGCCUCUGCAACGAUUUAUCAAAUACAAAUAUACUCCGCAAAAUGUAGCUAUGUCGUUCACCGCAAUGGCUACAGUCGGCAAAUACUUCUGACUAUCCCAUCUGGGAUUAUAAUCAUGAGCAUAGUUUAUCCAAACACCAUACACAUGUAACUGUCCAAAUUGUACAUGACAUUAUAAAUAAAUUCUUUGUUUACCUGAAAUAUAAUCGAAAUGGUGUCGAAAUUGUUUCGCAGUCUGGCAACCACUAGUGAUACGUUAAUCUUCUUUCUUUAUUUAUUAUAUAGCCUUGUCCUUAUUUCUUUUUACAUUGACAAAAUAAAUACUUAUUAUCAAUUCUCUAGCGACGAUUUUUGAAACGUAACGUAUGACAGAUACAAAACUUACAAAAAUAUAUUGUCUUCAUUCUCUUUCAUCUAGUUUAAUUGAUGUAUAAAAUUUAUAUUUAAUCAUUACAUUCAAUUAUAGUCUUUUUUAUUAUUAUGUAAGAAUUAUUAAAAAAUAAAUAAAUAAAAAAGCUUAAGAUUACAAUAAGUUUAUAAGCAGUCUAAAAAUACAAAAUUAUUAAGCCUGGAGCCGAUUUUGCUUAUGGUUUGAUCAAAGCUGGUAUCCAAAAUUAAUGUUAAAGCCUCUCUGUGAGACUCCACUACCAACUAUUAACAAUUCUUUUUCAUUUAGUUAUAAAAAACGUAAUUUUGUCAUGUAGUCUUAUAAUGUGACGAUUAAACAUAAACUCACUUACAGAUUAACUUGGACAAUGGUUAUCUAAUUGACAUUACAAUGCCUUAGUUUUAUGAUGGAACGGCAAUUAACACGAUAAAUAUCCUUACGUCAUGACUGACUUUGUUAUACGGGUGUAGUCAGUUUGUGACUGCACCCCGUGUAACCAAGGGGUCUACCAUGAAAUGAAAUUCCGAAUUUUCGGACUUAAUUUCGUGUUUUUCUUCAUACCGAAAUCGACCCAGUAAAUGGAGCUGAAGAUUUUGUUCGACAUAAAACCAAAGGAAAGAUAUUUUAACAUUGUUUUUUUUUUAAAUAGUGGUCAUCAAAUUUUUCUUUCGUUCAGGCUUGAAAUUUCGGAAAUCAUUUCAUGGUAGGUCUUCUAGUGGAAAUGUCGAGAUAACCUAGUUAUGUGAUUAUAUUGUAUCUAUAAUCGUUAACUCAACGUAAGCGUUAACUCCUAUCUUUAUAAAAUAAUAAAGCCUUAUGGCUAUUAUUGCCUGGUUUAUACCAGGCAAUGCGACAGUAAUAAAAUUAAUAGUAUAAUGUUUUUUUUUUGUGUAAUCAAGAAGUGAAUGUGUCCCUUUUACUAUUUCGUCUAAAUAAAAAUGUUCCCACUAUAUAAAAAUAAAUUGAGUACUCAUCUUACCUCCGUAGUGAAAUGAUAAAUAAAUCUAUUAAAAAAUAUGACUUGCUCGUAUGAGAAAAAGCUGGAACCAAGACAUUUGCUGUCUCGUACUCUCUUGUACAUACAGUAGCGAGAACGUAGGUAUCUAACCAUGAAUUCGUAUGCCACUUGUCGAGACAGGCUAGUAUAAAUGCGAACAAUAGUGGAUGACCUUUUCUGUAAAGAAAAAUUAAUAUAAUAAAUAAUUUAAUUUCAGUAUUUAAAUUUCACUUUCGACUAAUUUAUAUAUUGUAUUAUACAGCUAUAGCUUUUUAUAAGGAGUCUGCUUUUUGUACUGCAGCUAAAUAUCAAAUAUUUAUCAUAUUAAUAAUAAAGUUUUAGUCAAUAGAAUUAUAUCCGAUAUAUUUUACAAAAUUAUUAUUAUUAAUUUAUGAUGUACUAAUUUUGUGAAUUGAAGUUUUCCUUAAUUCUUUUUACAUUAUUAUUAAAAAAAAACACUCAAUAAAAAAGUAUAUUACUGAUGAGGUAUCUAGUGCUAUUAUUAAUUAAAAGUAGCAUUAUUUUGGUUUGUAAUAAUAUAUGCUAUUGCUAUAAAGAAAAAAAAAAGUAUUUAAAAGUCAUUUCAAAUUCGUAGACUAUAAUUAAGCUUUAUUUUAAUAUAUUUUUUAAUUAUAAAUAAUUUGUUAAGUAUUUAUAAGAAAAAAUGUAUUAUCAUUAUAAUAACCUUCCCUUUAUGGUUGUCAAAUAGUUAUAAUAACUGUUAGUAAUCCUGAUAAUGUAAUUAUUAAUAUUGGCUUUACUCACAUUUUAAAUUCGGGGAUACCCGACCAGUUUCAUCUCAAUAGGAGCCAUUAUUCAUGUGCGCAGUUCACGAUUGUGUCGCGAGUAGCAUUACGUGAGCAGCGUAUUGUUUAUCGUUACGCGCGUGCGGUAGGCAGCGGUAGCGCCGAUUGCUCUAUGCAGUCGUGUUAUCGCUUCGUCGGGUGAUAGACUUGAUUCUCGGGUCAUUCCAUCAGGUGAUGUUGAAGUAUCCGUGCAAUGCAUACCGUGCUCACUGCGUCGCACUUCAGACUUACAUUCUGUCUAAUGUAUGGUGACAUACGGCGUAAUAUAGCCAGGAACCGCGUUAAAUCAGUAAAUAUGGGCUGAAUGAAUAAGGGCUCCUAUUGAGUUCGAAACUAGUCAGGUAUCCCCAAAUUUAAAACGUAAGCAAAGCCGAGUUAAAUAAUUAUAUGAAGUAUGGCUCACGACAGUUAUUAUACAAUAACCUUGAUAGGUUUAUGAUCAUAAUUAUUAAAUAUUAUUUAUUCAAAUUUGAUAAACAAUUGACAUAUUUGUCUUAAAAGACCAAAUCAUUGUUAUUUUUCCUGCAUUAUAAUGUUUUUAAAAUGUUACGUAUUUAAUAAUAAGUUUGGUUAAAAUUAUUUUAGAUAUUUUGGUGGUAUAUUUGUAUACAUCUGACUUUGAAAUUCUAACAAAUUGUAAAUAUUGUAUUAUUUAAGUUAACGAAAUUCUUUAUUUUGACCAGCUUUUUGUAACUAUUCUUCUCAAUCAGUAUUAGUAUUAUAGUAAUUUGUUAUUAAUUGAGGAUCUCAAAAUUAUUUAGUUUAUAACUUAUGAACUAUAUUUUAUAUUCUAUUUGCUGUGUGAUUUGUUUUUUUCAUAAAAAUGUGAUAUAUUUUAUUUUUAAGUACAAUAUGUUGAAAACUUAUUCCGUUAUAGUGGAUAUGAAUUUUGCAGUCGAAUAUAUUUACACUAUUGUUUACUAGUCAUAUUUCUUGUGUUUAACUUAUGUUUGGCUUUAUUUUCUUCGCAAUUGAUAUGAUUAGAUUAAGAUCUCGGUAUACAUUUAUAUGGAUUUAAAGUAAAUAACAAAUCAAUUUUAUUGACAAUUUGUUAAUGUAAUUAUACUAUAUUAAACGUCGGCACCUAUAAUAAUCUGUAUUUGUAAUUAAAAAAUAAACAUUACAAACCAAAUACUAUCUAGUUUCCAACGAGCUUAGCAAUGUGCGGCUCAAGAACAAGGCGUGACCUAGAUGGUAUACAUACAUGUUAAUUACAAGUUAAAGAAUAUUAUCGGUAAAUAUAUGCAUUUGUAGAUUACAUUCCUAGUCUCCAUUUUUAAUUAUUAUUUUUGCAAUUUAAAAUUACAGUGUAAAUUUAUAAAUGUAAUAUGCAUAUUAAACAUUAUAUACAGCACAGAUAAAAAUGUUAGGCUAUAUGUAAGUUAAAGUAUAAGCCGGUUGCUCAAGCAAGCAGUUUUUCCGCAUCAAUCACUCUUGUGGUUGAUAAUGGUAAAUCAAUUGAUGCAUUACAAAGCGCAAUCCGUGUAUUCUAGCCUUAUGAGUAGAAAUAUAUAUGUAUUUUGCAUUUUGAUGUGUGAAAGUUAUAAAUCCUUGAUUUUUCUCCCCUGCAGGGUAAAUGUUUUGAUAUUAUUUAAAUUAGUAAUUUUCGUACUAUAUAUCAGCUUCAGAAUUCGAAAAUGUCAAUAAUUAAAUUACUAUUAAAAAUACAAAUUAUGAAGUCAUCUCAGCAUAGUUUUCUAUAUUUGUAAAAUUAUAGUAAAUAAAAAUUAUAUGAAUCACUUAUGAAAUUGUAUAAUGGGAUUUGAAAAUGUAGGUAUGACCAUCUAGAAAGUGAAUUAGUCUUGGUAGUAAAUAAAGCAUCAUUAAAUUAGGGCUUUAUUGUAAGUUGAUGUUUCUUUAGUAAUCCGAUCUGUGUAUAGAUAAAUAAUUUACAGACAAUAUAUACGUUGUUUAGGUAGUACGUAGGCACUGAAGUUUAUGCCGUUGACUAAUGUAUUCAUGUAAUAAAUGAAUAAAAAGGUGCAGCAAGCCA